AUGCCUUUGAAAGACCAAAGCAAGAAGAAACCCUUUCAAGACUACAGUAGGUAUUUGGUGAUAGUUACAAGUCAGUCAAAGGAAAUCUUCCCUGCCAACUGGCCACCAUCUAUCCGCGCCCGCCUCGCGCGUCGCAUCAAGCACGGUCUUGACAUGGCGAACCUCGAGCGGCUUCUCCUCUCUCGAGGCCAGGAGGAAUGCAAUCUUCACCGCGUUCUUGAUCUCCCUGCCGUUCAUGCCGAGCUUCGCCAGACCGUCGUACUGUUGGUCCGUGAGGUUGCUGGGCCAGCCGGCGCGCAUGACGAACUGCUUCCACAAAAUGCACUUGGCGGACUCGCUGAGCUCCGGGUAGUGCAGAAUGAGAUGGACCCGGCUUUUGAAGGCAGGGUCAAUCGAGUUUGCUCGGUUGCUGGUCAUGAUAAGGAGGCCGGUAUCGGUUCAAACCUUGCCUUUGGUCUCGGUCUUGUGGUCUCUGGCGCCCAAACCAUCAUGGUCAUGGCCUCGUGGGUCCUCACAACAUAUCUCGGCCGCCGAACCAUCUACCUGUGGGGUUCAGCCAUCAACAUGGUCUUCCUCAUCGCCGUCGGCAUCGCAGGAUCCUUCGGCAAGUCAUACUCGACAUCGAUGGCCACGGCCUCGCUCGGUCUGAUCGUCUCGGUUCUCUUCUGCCUGGGCCCUGCCCCGGCAUCGUGGGUCAUCAUCGGAGAGACGUCCUCGAUCCGUCUGCGGCCGCUCACCACCGGCGUCGGUCGCGCCUCCUACUACAUCGUCAACAUCCCCUGCAUCUACCUGUCCAGCUGGAUGCUCAACACCGAAGGCGCCAACCUCGCCGGCAGAACCGGUUACGUCUGGGCCGCCACGGCUGCCGUCUGUCUUGCCGCCGCCUACGUCUGGCUGCCCGAGAUGAAGCACCGCUCCUACAGAGAGAUCGACAUUCUCUUCAACCGUCACGUUCCCGCCCGCAAGUGGAAGAAGACCGUCAUCGACAUCCACGACGACGAGUAG